AAUUUUUCCUGAGCAGGGUGGCACAAUUUGAUUCUCUCGUAUCCCUUGAAGUUCCUCCGCUUCUCUCUAUCAACCUAUACCUUCUCCCACAGACACUACUAUCCUCAAAAUGGCUUCAAGACUCCAACUCCCUCUCCGAUUUGCACAAUUAGCUUCACCCAUGGUGGUUCUAGGCCUCUCAAUCUAUGGUAGAUUUCCCUUCCGUAACCGGUUGUUCGACAAGGGAAAUGAGAUGAAGAAUUCGUUACCUCCCAAACUAUCAAAUCCUCUGUUCCUUCCUCGACUGAAGUCAACUUCCUGAUAUCCGCCCCAUGAUUUUCGACGAUCAUGACUCUAUAUAUUGAACUUGUCCACAAAUUCGCUCCAAACGGCAAGUAUCUCGUUCAUAAAUAUCAGUUUCGAAUCUUAGAAGCAUCCAGGCCUACUUACAACCUAUUGAAAACUCAUCCACAUCUUCCACGCCUGAUCUUCAGCACCGAAGGUACACUCUCACUGUUUUAUCCGGGAGGAUUCAUCGCCCUCGCAGUAUUCUUGUCCAAGAAUCCGGCCUGUAUGGGGACCACGUGCAUAGCAUCUCAAGCAGACGCCGUGUUUGCUACUCUCAGCUACGUGCUAUGGGCAGCUUCUGCCACGCUCCAUGGGAUUGAGAUCUCGAACUUUGAAAGAGAGUGGAGCUGACGGAUGAUAUGAUGAGAAAAUUGUUGUGGAGGUUUGAGGGAUUAGCGCAUGAAUUGGAGUCUGGAUUAU